CGAUUUAGAGCUCCACUUCCUCGAAGGGAUGUACAGGAGCCCAUCGAAGUUAUCGAGACACCUGGUUACAAGAAUCUGAUGAUGGGAGACGCGACCACCUUCCGCAAAAUGUUGCAUCCCCCCCAUAUGCCGCGCUCUUAUUUGGAAGUCCCUUCGUCUCUUCGUCUCUUCUCCAUCGAAAAUUGCAUUCAGCAAAACACGUACCAAGAACCCGCACCAAAGCCCGCUUCUCCUGUUGCCAAUGUCGAUAUAUUCUCUGAAUUCCAAAGAAACGCGUUUCGAUCUAAUAAUGACACUUCCCCCAGUACCCGUGCUCACCAUUCCCUCUCGGACGCUUCCAUGGAAAAUCAACGACAACCCACAACAAACGUUACUCCACCACGUCCCGCCCAGCCUGAUGGUACCGAACGCUUAGACGCCCUCGCAUCUGUUGCUGCCCACUUAACAGGCGGCGGAUCAACUCCGAUCUUUACCGUUCCUGCUGCACAGAGAGAUCCCGAACAGUUGGCAACGCACUUGAGUCGCACCGAGUCCCUGGUGAAUCGUAAGGUUACUACGAUACAAGAGGCGGAUCAUGAUAGGUGGAUUGCGUUGACGAUGGGUGACACCACUACUAGUCGAUGGAGUCAUCUGUAUGGUCCAAUUUGGGUGGACGACUUCACGGAACGAAGCCUUGGAUGUGGAAAGGCGCUGAUUGGGGGUCCAAUCGUUGGCGGCAUAGAAGAUUAACUCGAGCUAUAUAUUAUUCACGGCCGUUGCAUUCGUUUACAGACCGGGGACAUACCAAUCCUUGGCGUUUAUUCCAUCAUUGACGGGUGCGUUUCAAAAUAAGAUGGUGGAGCUUUGUGCAUCGGUGUGAAG